AUGGAAGGUGCCGACCAAGAUGUCGUUAUGGGUGGGAAUGACAGACCUUCAAAUCAGGCGACUACGCCCAAUGGUGUUCUUGGAGUUGCUGGCGGGGAUCCCAAGGCUGAAAACCAUACGCCCUCUGAGGAGGAAGACGAAGAAGAAUACGACGAUUACGACGAGGAUGUGGAGGCCCAGCAGGUCGUCAGCCAAUUGCGCAGACGAGGUCUGCUUCCAACAGCCUGUUGCUAUGAUGACCGGAUGAAACUUCACGUCAACGCCGAUUUUGGAACAACGCCUCAUCAUCCAGAAGAUCCUCGCCGCAUAGAAGAAAUUUUCAAGGCGUUCAAGAAGGCUGGUUUAGUCUAUACAGGUCCGGAGGCAAAUGUAGCCCAGGUCCUGCGAGAUACUCCAACCAAGUACAUGUGGCGGAUUGGAGCACGUGAAGCUACCAAAGAGGAAAUUCUUACAACCCACACGCCGCUUCACUACCACUGGGUUGAAGCCCUAGCGCAAAUGGACUAUGCGACCCUGCGGGAGACGAGCAGGCAGUACGACCAGGGUCGAGCCUCCCUCUACGUCGGUAGCCUGACUUUCACAGCAGCUCUAUUGUCCUGUGGUGGUGCCAUUGACACCUGCAAACACGUCGUUGAAGGAAACGUCAAAAAUGCGUUUGCUGUCAUCAGACCGCCUGGCCACCAUGCGGAGUACGAUCAACCGCUCGGGUUCUGCUUCUUCAACAAUGUGCCUGUAGCCGUGAAGAUAUGCCAGCAGGAGUAUCCUCAAGAUUGCCGAAAGGUUCUUAUUCUAGACUGGGACGUCCAUCAUGGCAAUGGAAUCCAAAACAUCUUUUACGACGACCCUAACGUGCUGUACAUCUCGCUCCACGUAUACCAAAACGGAACUUUCUACCCAGGCAAGCCGGACAAUCCAGAUAUCCCGGAUGGAGGGUUAGAACACUGCGGUACUGGGCCUGGUCUCGGGAAGAACAUCAACAUUGGAUGGCAUGACCAAGGAAUGGGCGACGGCGAGUACAUGGCUGCGUUUCAAAAGAUCAUUAUGCCAAUCGCCAAGGAGUUUAACCCUGACCUGGUUGUUAUCUCGGCAGGAUUUGACGCUGCCGCAGGAGAUGAGCUCGGAGGCUGUUUUGUAACGCCUACCUGCUAUGCUCAUAUGACGCAUAUGCUCAUGUCCUUGGCGGACGGCAAAGUCGCUGUGUGCUUGGAGGGUGGUUACAAUUUGCAGGCUAUCUCUACCUCAGCCGUCGCCGUUGCUCGGACCCUGAUGGGAGAGCCCCCACCGAAGAUGGAUAUACCCAUGCUCAACAAGGAGGCAGCGAGGGUUCUUGCUAAAGUACAGAGCUACCAGGCACCGUUUUGGGAGUGCAUGAGACCAGGCAUCGUCCCUGUGCCUGAGAUCCAGGAACUUAACGCGACCAGAUUGCAUGACCAUGUAAGACUUGGUCAAAGGCAGGACCUCUCACAAAGGCAUCAGAUGAUUCCUCUUUUCAUUCAAAGAGACCAUCUAUUCAAGUCAUAUGAGAAUCAGGUCCUCGUUACUCCCGACAUACAGUCUGCGCGUCGGAUCCUAGUCAUCAUCCACGACCCCCCGGAAUUCCUCGCCCAGCCCGAUGUUAUCGAUCGUCACCUUGAACUUCACAACGCAUGGAUUGUCGAUAGUGUCGCUCAGUACAUUGACUGGGCUGUCGGGGAGGAUAUCGCAGUGAUGGAUGUCAAUGUCCCGAGCAAGGUGGUUCGAGACGAAGAUAUGGAUCCUUAUAACCCUAGAACUGCUGACAAGGAUCUGCUCAUUGAGCUUCAAGAGCUGUUGAACUAUCUCUGGGAUAACUAUAUUCAACUGUACGAAGAGGCAGAGGACAUCCUACUCAUGGGUGUAGGCCGUUCCUACAACGGAGUCAAGACUCUCCUCACAAGCCGAGACUGCAAAGCGCGCAUUGCUGGGGUUGCUAGUUUUGUCGACGGCAUGUUGCGUCCUGUAAAGUCCGACGUCGACAACGAGCUUUCCACAUGGUAUAAGGACCACUCGCAGAUCUACGUGUCCCAUGACCACCCUUGCUGGAAUAGCGAGGACACACUUCGCAGAGUGACCAAGCGUCGCUUUGGUACAGUGAUCCGCAGUGAAACGAAUGGUGUCAAUAAGAUGAUGCAGACGCACGCGGCGCAAGUUCAGAAGUGGAUGCUAGAGAAGCUGGCGGCCCGCCAGGCAGGAGAUACUACCGAAGAUGAGAAAAUGACUUGA